UUAAAAUGUCAUUGUAAAAUCGAAUGUAUUAAUUUAUGCAAACAGCACGACCUUUUCCAUAACCAUGGACUGCCCAAAACUACCGUGGAUGGUGGAAUUUUACAGUGGCGAAAAAGGCGAAGUCUUGAACGGACAGCUUUCGGCAGCGUUCGCCACCACAACCCUAGAAUACCUCAGCCAUUUGAACAUCAAAUCAAAAGCGUCCACUUUUAGAGGAACUCAGCUGGUAUGCGCGAUACCCGCUCAGGCAACCUGCAACACCAUCGAAGACAUGAUAAAAGUGGGAAUGUCGGUUGCCAGAAUAUCGUGUCCUGGCAAUGAAAAACAAACUAUACUGGAUCUCAUCAAUAAAGUAAAGAGUGUAAGCGAAUCGUACAGCAAAAGGAUAGGCAGGAUAUAUCCAUUGGGUUUGGCUUUGGAUAUACGGGGUACUGAAAUCCGAAUCGGACAACUGCGACAAAGAAAAAGCCCGGUGCACCUGCCCAAAGGUAAAAUAAUAACUAUUACAACGGAUGAUUCCUUCGAAGAAUAUGUGACCAAAGACACAAUAUAUGUGGACUACCCCAAACUGCCUGGAUUGAUACAACCAGGAGACAAACUAUUUCUCGAUCACGGGAUGAUUCGACUGUCGGCCAUCGAAACGGCGGAAAAUAUUGUGAAAUGUAUAGUAGAUAAAGCCGGCGACUUGGUCAGCAGAGUUUCCGUCACUCUGCCAAAUACUCCCAUGGAGCUACCAGCUGUAUGCGAGGAAGAUAAAGAAAUAGUAAAACUGGCUAUCGACAACAGCAUCGAUUUCCUUUUUGUGAGCGGGAUAUGCAACAGCCAAAACGUUGUGGAAGUCAGGAAUCUGUUCGGCGCACUGGGCGAUAAAAUCCAAAUAAUACCUCAAAUAGAGAACGCUACGGCUAUCGAAAACAUCGACGACAUCUUGGAUAGAUCUGACGGCGUGUAUAUCGACACCGAGCAGCUGCUCCUACAAAUACCGAAAGAAAAAGUUUUUCUCGCGCAAAAAUCGAUCCUGGCCAAGUGCAAUUUGAAAGGUAUGCCAGUGAUUUGCCCGACAAACGUAUCCGAUAGUUCGUCGUUAUCCAAAGCGGAAAUUUGCGAUACAGCAAACUCCAUUAUCGACGGUGCUAGCGCCCUGCUGAUACCGCAGAACGCUUGCACGAAAGACAUCGUCAAAGAAGUCUGCAUGGUAUGCCGGGAAGCCGAAGCCGCUGUCUAUCAGAAGCAAAUUUUCACAGAAUUGGUUCACGAUAUAUCUAUCCCGAACGAAAUUCUGUACUCGUUGUGUAUUUCUGCCGUAGCGGCGUCGCUAAAAUCUAGUGCUGCCGCAAUAGUAUGCCUCACCACCUCCGGCAGAACUGCGAAACUCUUAUCAAGGUUCAAACCAAGAUGUCCCGUCAUCACCGUAACAAGGUACGCCCGAAUUGCCAGGCUACUGAGAUUAUACAAAGGAGUAGAGCCGUUGGUCUACCUUAAACCUUUUGACGGCGAUUGGGCUAAAGAUGUGGAGGAGAGAGUGCAAAUCGGCAUUACGUACGGGAAAUAUCUCGGAUACAUCCGCAUGGGCGAUGCCGUAGUGACGGUGACCGGUUCAAAGCCCGAAGCUGGUUUGCAAAACUCAAUGAAAAUUGUGUAUGCUUCAGAAUAUGACACUCUCCACACCAGAAAAUAAAACUGUUUGUAGUUACACCUUUUAGUUGGU